AUGGUAUUAGAGCUUGACGGUUGCCCAAACUUGAUUUCUCUUGCAAGGAGCAAUUUACCUUCGAAUCUGGAAGUGCUAAUCAUUGGAAGUUGUGAAAAUUUGCAAUGUUUGUUGUUGGAUGAAGGAGAGGAUGUUGACUCCAACAAUGCAUGUGUUCUUCAGGAGUUGGGUAUUUCCGAUUGUGAAUCUCUAAAGAGAAUAAAUAGAAGUGUGUUGCCCUCCACACUGAAAGAACUUGAUAUAAACAAGUGUCCAAAGCUAGAGUCCAUAUCCCAAGAAAUUCAAGAUAACUCUUCUCUUGAAUCUAUUAAAAUCUGUGGAUGUGAUAUGCUUAAGGGUUUACCUCAAGGAUUGAACAAGCUCAAUCAUUGCAAGAGAUUAGUCAUAAAGGAUUGUUCAAAUUUGAUUUCCUUAGGAGAGAGUGGUUUGCCCACCACACUGGAAGUACUUGAAAUAAAGAAGUGUCCAAAACUAGAGUCCAUAUCCCAAGAAAUUCAAGAUAACUCUUCUCUUGAAUCUAUUGAAAUCUGUGAAUGCCAUAUGCUUAAGGGUUUACCUCAAGGAUUGAACAAGCUCAAGCAUUGCAAGAGAUUAGUCAUAGAGUAUUGUUCAAAUUUGAUUUCCUUAGGAGAGAGUGGUUUGCCCACUACAAACCUUGAAGAGCUCCGCUUCAGCUCUUGUAGAAGUGUCCAAGCUUUGCCCGGGAAUAUGCACAGUCUCAACGCUCUAAAACAAUUAGAAAUAAGAGGUUGUCCAAAUGUGACAUCCAUUCUGGAAGAGGGGAUUCCUACCAAUCUCACAUCGCUUACAAUUGGUGGACCCAAUAUCUGGAAGGCAAUACUUGAGAGGGAUUUGCAUACACUCACUUGUCUUAAAUCUCUCUCCAUAUCCAAUGGGUGUCCAGAUGCAGUGUCAUUUCCUCAAGAUGAGAUAGGAGUCACACUGCCCUCCUCUCUCACCUAUCUCCACAUCUCGGAUUUCCCAAAACUGGAGAGCCUAUCCUCCAAUGGCUUUCGCAAUCUCACUUCUCUCCAGCGCUUGACUAUUGAAAAAUGCCCAAACCUCAAUACUCUUCCGGGAAACAAUAUGCUUUCUUCGCUUUUGGAGCUAAAUUUUUGGGGGUGUCCAAUGAUGGAAGAACGGUGCAAAAGGGAUAAAGGACCUGAGUGGUCCAAAAUUACCCACAUACCUUGUGUUGCUGUACGCACGUUCUUUAGAGACACAAUAAUUUAA